CUACCUGAAAUUAUACAUGCCAUUGGGUGCUAUUGUUCCUUUCCACAAUAAGAAUACAGCUUAUGUGUUUUGUGCUAACGCGGUUAUUGCAUUUCCUGUCAUUGAUAUGCAAUCAUAACCUAUUCUUGCAUCUCCAUGAUAAGAUUAUGUGCCCCACGGUACUGUUUUGUGUACACAAACUUGGUCAAAUGUAAUUUUCUGUUGGAAUGAAUGUUAUUAGCUCUCGUGAUGUUGUAACGUGGCAAGUCUCAAGGGAGCUUGCAAGCCUUAAUUACAGCCCUCGUUAAAAUGCCUCCUAAUUAAGCUUUUCUUCCUCCAUGCAUGAGUCCCAAUCAGAUUCUAUAAUGUGAUUUUAAUGUCAUAUACCUCCAAAUUAAACUUACUGAAUCAAUAUCUGCAUUGAUCAGCAGCUUCAAAACUUUGCAUGGAACCAGAAGCGACUGAGCCCACACAGCUCAGUGAAAGUUGCUAAUAAUAAGGUGUUACCCAUAGCUAUAGUGUGAGUUGUUGGCUAAGUGGGUGGUAGUCAUAGAAACAGUGUGUUUUUCUGUGGUGUUCAGAUCUGCGGCGCAUCACGGCAGGGUUCUUGGGCAUGGCUGCUGCCGUAAUGCUGUGUGGAAGCAUUGUGGCCGCCGUGGGAUUUUUCUGGGAGGAAAGCCUCACCCAGCAUGUGUCUGGACUCCUGUUCCUCAUGGCAGGAAUCUUUUGCACAAUCUCACUGUGCACCUACGCAGCCAGUGUCUCAUACGACCUAUCCAGGAACCCUCCUUUCAUCUACGGUCUGCCCGCUGACGUAGACCACGGGUACGGAUGGUCCAUCUUCUGUGCAUGGGUCAGUCUGGGCCUAACAGUGGCAUCAGGCUGUAUCUGCACAACUUAUCCCUUCUUGAGCCGCACAAAGGCUCUUCGCUCCAAAACGGCAAGGGAGUCAUCAGUAUGAGCGCCCCCUGUGGCCUGGAGGACUCAGCAAAACAUUAAUCAGCACUUGGCGCUUUAGGAAAACAGAUUCAAGUGGGACUUCAUGUUGUAUGGAGCAGUUUUGAAUGUCUUGUAGAUUUCUGAUCCCUGAUGUGUUGAUGUUAUACAGAGUGAAAGACAAGACUGUUGGAUUUCCUGUGUGUCUUCUAUACACAUUUGCUUACAAAUCUCACACACAUAAAAAAAAGAAGAAAAAUACACACAGAUAUACAGUAUGUGUGAAUAUAAUGAAGAAAAACCUUUGAUUUGAAACGAGUAUGUGUAUGUUUUUGGGUUGUUGUGAUGCAGUCGUUCUCUGGAUCAGGUGACACUUAGGAUCUGAGCCACAAUUUUUUUAUGCAAACCAUCUGAAAUUCAAAUGAUUGCUCUGAUCAUGGUCAGUAUUAUUUUUUUAUUAUGCGAUUAAAGCAUAUGUUUUGGUUUCCCAACCACGUGCAAAUGGAUACAAGUCGACUAAUCAUUGGCUCUAAAUAAAAAAAACAGCUAAAAAAUGUAAUCAGGGAUGAACAGGACGCUUCAUGUCACCACAUCAGACAAAUGUAUAAAGGCAUGAUUGCAUAUAGCCUAUAUCACCUCUGGGUAACAGCUGGUGGCUGAUAUUCAAAAAGAUUGAAAAAUCAAAGAGACGUGAGAAGUCUUGAGAUCUAAGAUGUGGAUAUGCAAUUUCGUGAUUGGAUGAAAUGUCUCUGAACUUGAACGCAAUCGUAAUAUGGCAGCAUGCUUAAAGUGGAUGCUCUCGAAUACCAGCCUCGCUCAUGAAAGGCCUCUCAUGACGUCACAUCAUUGCUGAAAAUACAGAUCCUUCAGUCCUACGAAGCAACGCUAAUAUGAAGCGACGAGGAGUUAAUUAACUGCAGGAUGUUGUUUUCCAAACUGAGCCAGAAACAGUAACAUAUCCCUGAAACUGUACUGUUUGCCUCAAAACUUCUACUGUGUUUCUGAAAGUGUAUCGUAAAUAAAAUAUUAUAAUGAUGAAAUAAAGGUCUAUGAAGAAACUGAA